CGUAUUUUUAAAUAGUUGGAUAAAAACAAAGUAAAUUUGUUUGGAAAUGUGAUCGAAUGUGAAGUCAAAUAUAGGAUCCGACUGUACUAUUACAUGUUUGGCUGAUAAUAUUCUUAAACAUGUUAGUAGAAUUAAUUAGCAUUUCUUGAAAAAGCAAGUAUAGUUACCAUUUCACGAAAUUAAUGACUUUUGUAUUUAACAUUUGGUUGGAAAUAGAAGGGUUAUAGAUGUGUUAUAAAAAGAUAUUAUAUAUACGGAUUAUAUGACAGUAUUUGUUAGCCAGAUUGUCGCUUUAUCUUUCAAGCUAUAAAUAAGCUUAUUUUAUUGGAUUUUCUCAGUAUUCGGCGUAUCGGUUACGCAGAAAACUGUAGGUUAUAAGCGUGGUUACUCGAUAUGAAUAUUAAACUUAAAAACAGUCAUUCUCAAGUCGAAGGUUUGAUUUGCAUUGUUGGGAAACGGUGCAUAAACCACACUUGUGACGAAAUACUACAUAUCCUCAAAAGAGCAUGGAUAUUCUCCCAGUGUUCAUCAGUUUUUUCUGAAGGCAUGAAAGAGAUGCAGUGCAUGCUGGUUAGUGAGGCAGGAGCCAGUGUGCCGCUGGCUGAUGGACGGGCGUUAAUCUUAGGCCGGGGCCUGGAUUCCAGGGUGUCUGACAAGAAGUGCUCAAGACACCAGGUUAAGCUGGUGGCCUGUUAUGAAGAACAGUCAGUGAUUGUGACACAGCUUGGUCCAAACCCCUCCUCCCUGGACGCCCACGCCCUGGGUAGGGGGAAAUCUGGGUGCCUGACAAAAGGAGUGACACUCUACCUCGUCAAUCAAAGUUACCCCUUCACCGUGCGUUUCUCUGGCAGCCCCAGUGGAAGUUCCUCGCCUGUAACUCCAAAGGGAAAAGUGAAGAUGAGCAAGCAGCAGCCUCACAGAGAGGGCCAAAAGCGCAGUAUCCGAGAUUUCUUUAGUCCUUCUCCUAAAAAGAGUGUCAAGAGGCCUUCCAGCCAAGAUGACGACUUUAGUGCCAAGCGAAUGCGGAAGACCGAGCCGUCCAGUGGGGAGGAGGAUGCCGAAAGCCUCAUCGAGGAGAAGCUGAAGAGGCUACAAGAGAUAGCAGAAAGUGCAAGCACCCACCACAGAACCGCGGAAACAACAGCGUGUGCCUCGCCCUGCUCCCGUGACCAAUGGGAACAGAUCGGACACCUAAUGCUCUUCACUGCUAAGGGGGUUACUGGCAGGAAAAAGAUUGCAGGUUUCGAUCUUGACGGCUGCAUCAUCACCACCAAGUCAGGCAAAGUGUUUCCAACAAGUCCAGAUGACUGGAGGAUUCUGUACCCUGAGAUUAAGCCCAAAUUGGCUAAUCUAAUAAAGGACGGUUAUAAGGUGGUGUUUUUCACCAAUCAGCUGGGCAUCGCCCGGGGCAAGCAGAGGCCUGAGGUCUUCAAGUCCAAAGUGGAGGAUGUGCUGAGCACGCUGGAGCUGCCAGUUCAGGUGUUCGUCGCGGCCGGCCCUGGGAUCUAUAGGAAGCCAGUAUUGGGAAUGUGGGACUACCUGUGUAAACAGGCCAAUGAUGGCAUAGCAGUUGAGAAAGCCCAGAGCUUCUACGUUGGAGAUGCUGCCGGUCGACCAGCCAACUGGGCACCAGGCAAAAAAAAGAAAGAUUUCUCCUGCAGUGACAGACUGUUUGCCCUGAACGUCGGGCUGCAGUUUCAUACUCCAGAGGAGUUCUUCCUGGGCUGGAAGGUCGCCCCCUACAGCUCUCCUCCUUACGACCCGAGGGCGUGUGACCCGAACGACCGGCUGUACGACCCACCUGACGCUACACUCACUUCUCCUCGGCAGGAAGUGAUCGUUGCCGUGGGUUUUCCUGCUUCUGGGAAGUCCACUUUCUUCCAGAAACACAUCAUUCCGCAGGGCUAUGUAUACGUGAACAGGGACACGUUGGGGUCGUGGCAGAACUGUGUCUCAGCCUGUGAGCGCGCUCUGAAGGAGGGCCGCAGUGUCGCCGUGGACAACACCAACCCUGACCCCGAAUCCCGCAAACGGUACGUGGAUGUCUGUCAGAAGAUGGGAGUGGCCUGUCGUUGCUUCCUUUUCUCGGCCACCUUGGAACAGGCCAAGCACAACAACAGGUUCCGUGAGAUGAUGCCGUCCGAGCAGAAACAUGCCACUGUGAACGACAUGAUCUUUCACAGCUACAAGAACAAAUUUGUUGCACCAAGUCUAUCUGAGGGUUUUUCUGAGAUCUUGCAAAUACACUUUGUCCCAAGUUUCCUGGACAGCAAAUCGGAGGCUCUCUAUAGGCAGUUUUCUGAAGGGUGAUUGGUGCAUAUUUUUAUUGCCCCACCCAAUAGAAAGAGAAUGACUUUGGGCACUGAACACUACCUCCUCCAGCUAGUCAGUCUUUUAGUAUUUAGAAUAGGACUCCCUUUAUAAUGAGAGAAGGCAGCAUUGUUAAAGCUUUCAGUACAGUAAUGGCGGAUAAAACAAAUUGUUAGAAAAAUCGCAUGGAUUCUGUCACUUAUAAGAUUCUCGAAAUUACUUUGGGGGGAAAAGACUGUCCAUCUGUAUUUUGUUGUACAAUGAUAAUUAAUAAAUUUGCCUUUCAACAA